AUGGCCCCUGAAGUCGCGUCCAAGGCUGACCAUCUGACCACGCCAACGCCACUUCGCCAACCACGGCAGUUCGCCAGGGAGAACUCUCGUCCGUCACCACUGGCAGAGCAUGCGGCCUGCAAUGACAAGUAUGUCAUUGUCUAUGACUUUGCCGGCAUAGACUUUGACGUCGCCUCCAAAGAAUUCAACCGUUUGCUGGACUGCCUGGAAGCAGCAGGCCUGCACACAGAGGUUCGUCCAGGCUACGAGCAAACCAUACUGGUCCUUGUCAAGGCAAAUUCCGAGUUGUUGGGCAACACAGUCUACAAACAUAGAGUCAAGGAUUGGCUGUACGCCAUCAGGCAAUCCCAUCCCGGCGGCGACAAAGACACCGUCGUCAAGGGGUCAUACGAAGCUGAAGAUCUUCUUGCCCUGUAUCACCUCAUCUCAUGGCCCAAAGACCUCGGUGGUGCCGGCAUCACCCCGGAAGUAACGCCCUGGGCAAACGUCAAAUCCAUCUUUCCUCUUCACAACGAAGCGGUCAACCAGUCUCUUCUAGGGCAUCUGAGCAAACGCCUCAUCUUGACCUCGGAGGACUUUGACAAGAUUCGCGACCUCCACGGGCCAAAGGUCGCGUUUUACUUUGCCUUUAUACAGACGUAUCUAAUGUUCUUGACGUUUCCCGCCAUUACUGGCCUCAUUACUUGGCACUUCUUGUCAAAGUACUCGCUCACAUAUGCCAUAUUGACCGGCGUGUGGUGUACUGUGUUUUUGGAAUACUGGAAAAUCACAGAGAUUGACCUUAGCAUUCGUUGGACAGUAAGGGGCGUCAACAAAGUCAAGGUCAAUCAGCCGAGUUUCAAGUAUGACAAGAUCAUUGUGGACGAAAAUGGCCGCACGAAGCAUUACUUUCCGAAAUGGAAGCAGAUUUCUCGCCAGUUGCUUCAAAUUCCGUUUAUAGUUCUGGCCACGCUGGUUCUGGGCCUGAUGAUCUCCUCCGUCUUCGUGGUCGAGGUUCUAAUCUGUGAGACGUACGAGGGGCCACAUCAGUUUUACUUGAAGUAUGUGCCUACAAUAAUUCUGGCCGUCGCUAUCCCCAGAAUCUCAUCAUCCUUGGAAGGAAUUGCCUCGGCUUUAACCGAGUAUGAGAACCACCGCACUGCCGAUGACCAUGAAAUGUCCUUGACGCAGAAAGUCUUUGUACUCAGCAUCAUCACCAACUAUCUCCCGAUUCUCCUAAUAGCAUUUAUAUACGUACCAUUUGGUGACGACAUCGUCCCCCACAUAAAGCAACCUCUCCAGCGUAUCCUGCCCGCAUCAUUCGCAGACAAGCUCGUCUUCCGUGCUUUCCGUGCGGAUGCUGAUCGGCUGCGAAAUCAAGUCAUUGCCCUUACCGUCACAGGUCAACUGUCGGAUUUCUUCGAGGAAAACAUCUUGCCAUUGAUCAAGUACAAACUGAGUGACUGGUACCGCGACUACCGUCGAGCUUACACCAAAGGCACCAUGCUUCUCACGCUGACAUCUGAUGAUCCCGACGAGGCAAGCUUCUUAAAACGUGUGCGCAACCAGGCGACAAGGUCCAAGUACAACGUUCAAGAUGACAUUGCGGAAAUCGUGCUCCAGUUUGGCUACCUGGCGCUCUUUUCGCCAGUCUGGCCAUUGAUCUCCAUGGGGUUCCUCGUCAACAACCUGAUUGAGCUUCGGUCCGACUUCGCCAAGAUUUGCUUUGAGCACCAGCGACCUGCGCCGACGCGAUCUGACGGCAUCGGACCGUGGGUCACCGCCCUCGAGACACUGACGCUCCUUGGGAGCAUCUCCACCGCCGCCAUUGUCCAUCUCUUCGGAACUGAUUCCGUUGGAGGCGGAAGCUGGUCAACCCUGCCUGUUACCAUUUUCGUCAGCGAGCACGCCCUGCUUAUUCUGCGCGCCUUGACAAGAUGGAUCUUUGAGCGUUACGGGUCGGAACAGAUUCGGAGGGAGCGCAACGAAAGGUAUGCUCGUCGCCUGCACCACCUGGAGCAGAUUGAACACAACAAACAGGCGGGCUUGAAUCUCUCUCCCGCAGAGAGAGAGCGCCGCAAGUCGGUGCUAGUCUUGGGGUCGGAUUCCUUCUGGACGAAGCAGUUGGAAGAUGGGAGCAGUGCGGCGGCGGGGCUGAGCUUGAUCAACUUGGCGAGACAGUGGAAGAAGAGCCAGAGUGGGGAGAAGGAAGACUAG